AGCCCCACUGACUGACAGAAAGAUACACAAGAAACACAGGAGUGAAGAGACGCCUGAACAACAAGAAGACUCAAGACUAAACAGAAGAAAGAUGCUGUGCUCUCAUGGAUUCCCGUCUGCCAUCAGUCCAUUCAUGGACUUCUCCUGGCCUGUACGCAGUCUGUGGCCAGAGGUCAGACCUCUGCUCUACCAGCAGCAUGUCAUCCAGAGAGACCUACAGGAGCUGCGCAGCAGUCUGCAGCUGAUGGACAAACUUCAACGCCAGAUCCUGGAGGACACAGAGCCUUUCAGGAGCAGCGUGGCUCUGCAGCCCGUCUUGCAGCUGGACAAAGAGGGAGAGCACUUUAGCCUAACGCUGGACACUCAGGGCUUUUCUCCAGAAGAUCUGUCAGUCCGGCAGGUGGGCAGGAAGCUGAGAGUCAGCGGGAAGACGGAGAAGAAACAAGAGGACGGGAAAGGCUGCUACUCUUACAGCCUGCAGGAGUUCAGACAGGAGUUUGAUCUGCCUGAAGGGGUGAACCAUGAAGACGUCCGCUGCCACCUUUCUCCAGAUGGAAAGCUCCACAUCCAGGCAGCCAAAGUUCCUUGUAUCGAGGGGACGGAGAGAGAGCUGACUAUCAGGAGGAGCUCAGAGGAGGAACCACAGCAGAGUGUGUGUUCACAGGCAGAAGACAGCAGAGCAGAGACUCAGAACAGAUCCUAAAAAAUACAGUUAAUUUAUAUGGUGUAACAAGUUUCCAUUGUUGUGGAAAGAUGAAUGUUCAUUUUCCAUUUUUAUAACAAAGAAAAAAAACUGUUGUAAAAUGAAGUGUAAAAGUAAUUAUGAAAAGUUGAGAAAGUUUGUAUCAUGUAAAUGUUUUGUUAAAUGCAAGUGUAAUAAUAAAGCAAAUGAUACUUGAAGAAAA